CAAACAAACAAACAAAAAAACCCACCAAUAACUCAAUCCACCUCUCACCUCACCUCUCAAUUCACUUCCCACACAGACCCCCCAAAACCGCAACCAUGCCCAGCCCCCUCGUCUACUUCGACAUCUCCAUCGGCUCCAAGCCCAUGGGCCGCAUAAUCUUCACCCUCUACAGCUCCAUCGUCCCCCUCACCGCCGAGAACUUCCGCUCCCUCUGCACGGGCGAGAAGGGCGUCGGCAAAUCCGGCAAACCCCUCUCCUACGCCGGCUCCACCUUCCACCGCGUGAUCAAGCAAUUCAUGAUCCAAGGCGGCGACUUCACCGCCGGUAACGGCACGGGUGGUGAAUCGAUCUACGGCGAGAAGUUCGCGGAUGAGAAUUUCGAGAUUAAACAUACCAAGCCGUUCUUGCUGAGCAUGGCGAAUGCGGGGCCGGGGACGAACGGGAGUCAGUUUUUUAUUACGACGGUCCCGACGCCGCAUUUGGAUGAUAAACAUGUGGUCUUUGGUGAGGUGGUGGCGGGGAAGUCGAUCGUGAGACAGAUUGAGAAUCUGCCUACCCAGGGAUCGGAUAAGCCGGCGAAGGAUGUCACGAUCACGGCGUGUGGGGAGUUGCCGGCGGAUUACGAGGUGGGGAGUUCAAAGAAGGCUGAUGCUACUGGGGACGCGUAUGAGGAUUUCCCCGAGGACGCCAAGACGGGGGAUAACGAGUUCAGCGCCGCCGAGAUCGUGAAGAUCGCCAGCGCGCUCAAAGAGUACGGCAACACGGCUUUCAAGGCGGGGAACUUGCAGUUGGGGUUGGAUAAGUAUCAGAAGGGACUGCGCUACCUGAACGAAGACCCGGAUCUCGAUUCCGCCUCCGAUUCAGACAAGGCUGCCCUCCGACAGCUCAGAUUCACCCUCUACUCCAACUCCGCCCUCCUCUCCAACAAACUCUCCCUCUUCCCCGACGCGGCUAAAUCCGCCACUUUCGCCCUCGAAGUCCCCUCCAUCACCGACGUCGAGAAAGCCAAAGCGCUGUACCGCCGCGCGCUCGCGAGCGUGGGGAUGAAAGAUGAUGAGGCUGCGUUGAAGGAUCUUGAAGCUGCGAAGGCGCUGGUGCCGGGCGAUGCGGCGGUGGUGAAGGAGUUGGGUGCUGUGAAGACGAGGGCGGCGGAGAGGGCGAGGAAGGAGAAGGCGGCUUAUGGAAAGUUCUUUGAUUAGAUGGGGGAGGGGGGGUUGGAUGGAUCGAUAAGGAUGUUUAUGGGGUUGG